AUGCAGACAAAAUUCGUUUUUAUUGCUGGUCUUCUCACCGUUCUAUUUCUUUUCUAUUUCAAUACUAUCGUUGAAUCAACAUUAAUCGUACAUAGUGAUGAACAAGGAGAUGAUGGAAGUUCAGAAGAUUUUGAUGUUGACAAACGUCUUGCUGCAGCCAAAUUCGCUAGUGGACUUGGAAAACGAUUAGUAUCAGCUAAAUUUGCUAGUGGUCUUGGCAAACGUUUAGCAGCGGCAAAAUUCGCUUCAGGCUUGGGCAAACGACUAGCAUCAGUUAAAUUUGCAUCCGGUCUCGGUAAACGAAGUGUGGAAUAG